AUGGAUCAAGGCCAACCGAUCGAGGAUAAACAACAAAAAGAGAAGAAAUUGGGCGGAAUCGAUGGACCAAACUCGCAAUACGUGAAGUUGGUGAGCAGCGACGCUCACGAGUUCAUCAUCAAGAGAGAGUUGGCACUGACGUCCGGAACGAUUCGUGCAAUGCUUUCCGGACCGGGAGUCUACGCGGAGAAUGAGAGCAACAUCGUCUAUUUCCGAGAGAUUCCGUCACACGUUCUUCAAAAAGUCUGUCAGUACUUCGCCUACAAAGUCCGCUACACUCACGCCGCCACCGAGAUUCCAGAGUUCCCAAUUCCACCAGAGGUCGCUUUGGAAUUGCUCAUGGCCGCCAAUUUCCUCGAUUGCUGA